UGUUUUUAAGUUACAAGUUGGUGUUUCGAGUUCUGUUCAUUUGUAUCCUUUUUAUCUGGUUGAGUAACUCUUAGCUCGACCCAAACGACCCAUUUGUUGGAAAUGGAUCGGAUAAUCUCUUUGUUUUCAUCUUCGGCUCUCCUAUUGUUUAUUUUGGUAGUACAAAAUACGUCCAGUGUUUAUGGGAAUGCUGAAGGUGAUGCAUUGUAUGCCUUAAAGAAACAAUUAAAGGAUCCUAACAAUGUUCUGCAAAGCUGGGAUCCAACUCUAGUCAAUCCAUGCACUUGGUAUCAUGUUACUUGCAACAAUUACAACAGUGUUACUAGAGUUGAACUUGGAAACGCAGGCUUGAGCGGUCAACUGGUUUCACAGCUUGGUCAACUUUCUAAUCUACAGUACUUGGAGAUGUAUGGUAAUAACAUCACCGGAAUAAUUCCUAACGCGAUUGGGAACCUAACCAACUUGGUGAGCUUGGAUCUUUACUUGAAUCGGCUCCACGGCCGCAUUCCAACUGCAUUGGGCAACCUUCAAAAACUUCGCUACCUUCGUCUCAACAACAACAUUUUGACCGGAACAAUUCCAUUUUCGCUAACGACCAUAACUACACUACAAGUUCUUGAUGUAUCAAGCAACCGUUUGAGAGGAUAUGUUCCUCGCAACGGAUCAUUCGCAUUUUUCACGCCUAGGAGUUUUGCCAAUAAUCCUAACUUGGAAUUCCCUCCGGAUGCUCCUGUUGCCCCAGCCCCUGCUCCACUGUCCUCAUAGUUUCCUUCAGGUAUUUCAUGGAAUGGAAAAAUCGAACAACUUCUUUAGCAUAUUUUACAAGAGUGACAUAGUUGUUUGAAUCUUAUUUGACGUACAAUAAAAUUGUAUUCCUUCUUGAAGUGUUGACUGCAUUGAGACAUUAUAGUUGUUUUCUCAUUGUUUUUGAGCUUUUGAUUUUAAUCGUCACUACUUAUAUUCUUCUCCUUAAA